UUUUUAAAGAGCGUUGCGAAGGGCCGCUUCCAAAACCGACCAAUCAGAGCGCGACCUCUGCUAUAAAUACCAGGCUCCGUCACCGCCCGAAGCUUCAGUUGAAGUUCGACGGCGAAAGGGAAGGACGCGUUCUGGGAUGGCUGAGGUAGCCCCGGCUCCGGCGAAGAAAGCGGCGGGCGCUGCCAAGGCGCGGAAGCCGCCCGGCCUCAGCGUAACGGAGCUGCUGAUGCAGGCGGUGGCGGCUUCCAAGGAUCGCGGCGGCAUCUCCUUGGCCGCGCUGAAGAAAUCUCUGGCGGCGUCGGGCUACGACGUGGAGAAGAACAACAGCCGAGUGAAGCUGGGGCUGAAGAGUCUGGUGACCAAGGGGACGCUGCUGCAGACGAAGGGCACGGGCGCUUCGGGCUCCUUCAAGCUCAACAAGAAACAGGCCGACCCCAAAGACAAGGCGGCCCGCAAGAAGAAGCAGCAGCCGGCGGGGGCCAAGAAGCCCACCGGCGCCGCCAAGAAAGUGAAAAAGGCUCCGGUUGCCGCCGGGGCGAAGAAACCCGUCAAAAAGGCGGUUAAAAAGCCCGCCUCACUGGUUGCCAAAAAGCCCAAAACAACACAGGCCAACAAGAAGCCGAAAAGCCCCGCCAAACCCCUGAAGGCGAAGGCAAAAGCUAAGCCUAAGGCCGCCACGAAGGCCAAAGCCGCCCCUAAAAAGAAGUGAAGCUUUUCGCUUCAACCCAACGGCUCUUUUAAGAGCCACCCCAAACAAGUCUCGGGAAAAAGUUGAGCCACUGCGGACCGGUGUGAAGACUUUGACUCGCUUCGGUUUGGUUUUGGAGGGAAAUACUGGCGAGCGGAAACAACGGGAAGGUAGCGUGGCCGAGCGGUCUAAGGCGCUGGAUUAAGGCUCCAGUCUCUUCGGAGGCGUGGGUUCGAAUCCCACCGCUGCCAGGAAUUUUUUUUUCCUUCACUUAACUUUUUUAAUUUGUACACCUAAUAGGAUUUUUCAACCUUUCGGAGAAUAAAACAAGUGCAUUGCUUUACGUCUUCCAUUUGAAAGGAACCCCAUUUUUUUUCAGCAGAGUUGAGUAUAGGGACUAGAUGACCUUAAGAUCCCUUUUCCAACUACUGUUUAUACAGUGUAUGAAGCCUCGACUUUGCACCCAAAGCAAAAUGUUAACAGUCGCCCUUCGCGUACCCCCAACGCCGACGAGGAUGGGAUUCGAACCCAUGCGUGCAGAGCACAAUGGAUUAGCAGUCCAUCGCCUUAACCACUCGGCCACCUCGCCCGUUUUGCGUGUUUAAUUUUGCGCUUUUCUCUUGCCCAAGUAUAGACUAAAAAAUAAAUACAAUCCCAUUUUAUGUGUAUUAAAUGUGUAUUAAAAUGGAACUGUUGCA